GCAAGAGCGGCUCUCCCCCUCCGCCCCCUCCUUCUCUCCUUUUCUCCCUGCCUCCCAGUCUCUCUUGCUCCCUCCCUCUCUCCCUCCCUUUCUCCCUCCCUCGGAGCUCCUAGAGACUCACUUGCUCUCCUUCUAGCCCCCGUAACUUUACCAAGGGGAUAGAGCAGCUGUGGUUGCCACUGCUAACAGAGAGCGCAUGACCUCAGUCACCCGGGCUGAGUGCUAUCUUGCUUAGCCGGACACCCUUUUCUAUAUUUCCUUUUUGCCUUUUACCGUUUCUUUUCUUUAAAAAAAAAAAUCAACCCAAGCACCGAGAAAUCCAGAGCUGUCUGCAAGGCUGGGCAGAUCCCAGGGACUCUUAAGAGGCUUUUAUUUUGCAAGGGGAGCUCUGAGGGCUGAGCGAACUUUUGUGCCCUGUGUCAUGAGAGGGAGCCUUCAACUCUAGGAAUAUCAACCAGACUCCCAGAAAUCAUGUUGGUAGGAUCUCAGUCAUUUUCCCCAGGAGGGCCCAAUGGGAUUAUUAGAAGCCAGUCCUUUGCUGGUUUCAGUGGUCUUCAAGAAAGGCGAUCCAGGUGCAAUUCCUUCAUCGAAAAUACUUCCGCACUCAAGAAGCCUCAGGCCAAAGUAAAGAAGAUGCACAAUUUAGGAUACAAAAGUAACAGCCCUCCCAAAGAGCCUCAGCCUAAAAGGGUGGAAGAGGUCUACAGAUCCCUAAAGAAUGGACUUGAUGAGUAUCUGGAGGGUCAUCAGACCGAGUUGGACAAGUUGACUGCUCAGUUAAAAGACAUGAGAAGAAACUCUCGCCUGGGUGUUCUGUAUGACCUAGAUAAGCAAAUCAAAACAAUCGAAAGAUACAUGAGACGACUGGAGUUUCACAUUAGUAAGGUGGAUGAACUCUAUGAAGCCUAUUGUAUCCAAAGUCGUCUCCAAGAUGGUGCUAGCAAAAUGAAGCAAGCCUUUGCCACCUCCCCAGCCAGCAAAGCUGCCAGAGAGAGUUUAACUGAAAUCAACAGAAGCUACAAGGAAUACACUGAGAAUAUGUGCACCAUUGAAGCAGAGCUGGAGCAUCUUCUGGGGGAGUUUUCCAUCAAGAUGAAAGGUCUGGCUGGCUUUGCUCGUCUCUGUCCCGGUGAUCAAUAUGAGAUUUUCAUGAAGUAUGGCCGGCAGCGGUGGAAACUAAAAGGCAAAAUAGAAAUGAAUGGCAAACAGAGUUGGGAUGGAGAAGAAAUGGUUUUCCUGCCCUUGAUAGCUGGAUUGAUUUCCAUUAAGGUCACAGAACUUAAAGGGCUCGCAACUCAUAUCCUAGUGGGAAGUGUCACCUGUGAAACGAAGGACCUUUUUGCAGCCCGGCCUCAGGUGGUAGCUGUUGACAUCAAUGAUCUUGGCACCAUCAAAUUAAACUUGGAAAUCACUUGGUAUCCCUUUGAUGUGGAGGACGUGACCUCGUCCACAGGCAAUGGGAACAGAGCCUCAGCUCUCCAGAGGAGGAUGUCCAUGUACAGCCAAGGCACACCGGAAACCCCUACCUUCAAGGAUCAUUCAUUUUUUUCUAAUCUCCCCGAUGACAUCUUUGAAAAUGAAAUGGCGGUUGAGGAAAAAAGGCCACUGUCGCUCAGUUUCUGUGACUUGCCCAAUGGGGACUGUGCCUCAUCUUCCAAAUCGAGUGGCUCUUCUACUAACAUUGGUCAGUCUAAUCCAGAAAUUACUGUUACCCCAGCGGAGCAUAUCCUCAGCAGCGUGGCCUCCCAGACCUCCCCUGAGGAUGAUAUCUGUCCAGGCUCUUCCAGAAAUUCCACAAUGGAAGCCCAGGAUCCAAAUCUGCCACUGGAGCAUAUAGAGGAGGACCAGCAAGCCCCCACGGCUGCUUCUGAAGUGUGCCAACAAUCACCAGGCCCAGGUGGUAACAGCCUGUUCCUGGAGAAUGAUGUUUCUGUGUCACUCCUGCAGGAUUCAGAUGAGGCAUCCGAGCUUAAACCUGUGGAACUAGACACCUUUGAAGGAAACAUCACCAAACAGCUUGUCAAGAGGCUCACCUCAACAGAGGUGCCAGUGAUCCCCGAGAAGCUCCAGUUUGAGGGCUCAGUCAGUGGAGAAUCAGAAGGCUGUAGAUCCUUCUUAGAUGGGAGCUUAGAGGAAGCUUUUCAGGGUCUUUACCUAGCGCUAGAACCCCAUAAAGAGCAAUAUAAAGAAUUCCAAGAUUUGAAUCAAGAGGUGAUGCACCUGGAUGAUGUUCUCAAAUGCAAGCCAGCAGGAAGCCGCAGCCGGUCUUCCAGUUUAAGUCUUACAAUUGAGAGUGCUUUAGAAAGCUUUGAUUUCCUGAACACCUCUGACUUUGAUGAGGAGGAGGAUGGUGAGGAGGUUUGUAAUGUUGGAGGAGGUGCUGACUCGGUAUUUUCAGAUACUGAGACUGAGAAAAAUAGUUACAGAUCAAUACACCCCGAGGCCAGGGGGCAUCCUAGUGAAGCACUGACAGAAGACACGGGAGUCGGUACCAGUGUAGCUGGAAGUCCUCUUCCCCUGACCACAGGGAAUGAAAGCCUUGACAUCACCAUAGUUAGGCACUUGCAGUACUGCACCCAGCUUAUCCAGCAAAUUGUGUUCUCGAGCAAAACUCCAUUUAUUGCAAGAAAUCUCUUAGAGAAGCUCUCAGGACAGGUCCAAGUAAUGGAGAAACUUGCAGCUGUCAGUGACGAAAAUAUGGGGAACAUCAGCUCUGUCAUAGAGGCUAUCCCAGAAUUCCAUAAAAAGUUGUCACUCCUAUCUUUUUGGACAAAGUGCUGCAGUCCUGUAGGGGUCUACCACACCUCAGUUGACAGGAUGAUGAAGCAGCUUGAGGUCAACUUCGCCAGAACUAUCAACAAGGAACACCCGGGACUUGCAGAAACAGCCUUUCGAACACUGGCGUCUCGAAUUCUGGAUCGGACUGAGCCUCUGCUUUCCUCUAGCCUCUCCUCUGAGGUCAUCACCGUCUUUCAGUAUUAUCAUUACUUCGCCAGCAAUGGUGUGAGUGACCUCGAGGGUUACUUAAUUCAGUUGGCUAAGCAAGCUGCAAUGGUUCAGACUCUCCAGUCAUUAAGAGAUGAAAAACUGCUACAAAACAUGACUGAUCUCACAGCCAACAACCUCCCAGUCCAGCAGGAAGUACUCCGAGCCCUGGCUUUUCUUCUAACUGAAAACAAUGAUGAGAUUAGUCAGGCUGUGACAUUGUAUUUGGCAGCAGCAUCCAAAAACAAGCAUUUCAGGGAAAAGGCCUUAUUGUACUACUGUGAGGCACUGACAGAGACAAACCUCCACCUUCAGAAGGCAGCAUGCAUGGCACUGAAAAGCCUUGAGGCUACUGAAAGCAUCAAGAUGCUGGUAAGUCUGUGCCAGUCAGAUAAUGAAGAGAUCAGAAAUGUGGCAUCUGAAACCCUGCUCUCUCUUGGAGAAGAUGGGCGGCUGGCAUAUGAGCAGCUGGAUCAGUUUCCUCGAGACUGUGUGAAGAUUGGAGGUCGUUAUGGAAAUGAAGUUGCCACUGCUUUCUAACUACCUACUAACACUCUGCCUGAUGUUUGUUUAAAGGCCAUGGCAUCUGGCCGCCUUGCCUAGGAUGGUGCUGUCAUUUAGCUGGGGAGACAAAUCCUAUUGAGGAAUUCAACUGAAGGGGUGCGGAGACUUGAUUGUUUAUAGGACAAAUUCAAGUCAGGCCAUUCAAUUCCCAUCAUCCCUUUUUCGUUGCAUAAUUGCAGAGCAGGCCUCUGAGUCAAUAGACCAUAUUGUUGAUGGCUCCCAGCAACACCCUGUAUAAUUCAGUCUCAUUUGGCAUGGAUGAUAUUUUAAAGAAGGGCAUCUCAGCUUUUUACAUGUAUUGUAUUUUUUAUUGGAAGUUUUCCUGUAAGCUUGAAAUAUUCAUGCGAUGCUUUAUCUCAACAAAGGAAAAGUGGGCUCAGUAAGUAGGGACUAACUGAAGAAAAGGGUUUUGGUUUGGUUUUUCUAUUACAAGCUGUUAUAAAUGUCAGCUGCCUUGUGGUUUUCUCUCUGUAAUGGACUCAGGGUCAAAUUACCCCCUUGGCUAGCUAAUAUCCUUCAGAAAAGCACAAAAAGGGCUCCCACAAAUAAGUUAGCCUGUAAAUCUGAGUGGGAUGUUAGUUUAUCAACUUAAUUUUUCCCUUAAUUUUCCCUUUUUCAGUCACCUUCCCCCUCCCUCCCAUCCUUCAAUAAUUCAUAAGUUUAAUGUCUGUUCUAUUGAAAGGUCAGGUUGUUAUCUAAGUCCUAUAACUUAAAAUUAUGCCCACUCAUAUAUAUAUAUAUAUAUUUGUGUAUAUACAUAUUCAAUUAACUUAAGAAUAUUUCAAGGUUAAUUUGCUUUGGGAUUAAUAAUAAGCAGGUGUUUCACUCUUCCAAAUAUAUUCCAGGGUAUUUUGUCACUCACACACAGCAGAACUAAAAUGGAGUCAGAGGGCUAGAAGGCUACUUGUGAUAUGGGGUGUCCUUGUGAGGCUGGCAGAAAUCCUUGGCUCCUGGGAAGAAGUAGGGGGGAAGAAUGUUACCGUGUCUUUGCCCCUCACAGGGUUUAUGAAGCAAAUUCAAGGCAAGAGAGCCACUGUGCAGAGAUACGUCUUCAGUGCCUUUGUUCCAGAGGCUGCCUCAUUGUAGGUGAGGGACAGCAAAAUCAGGGUGCUAAAUAAGUGGGAGAUGGUUAAAGCAGAUAACAAUAAGUAAUGACUCUCUUAUCUCCCUAAAAGUAUAAAAAAAAUAGGAUAUACCAAGGUAUUUCAUCAAUCCUUAAAGUAUUCAAAGGAAUAUUCCUGAGUGUAAUUAAAGCUUCAGGAUCCAAACUAUACUGUGGACCCUGUUUAGGUGUCAGUUAAACUCAUCAAAUUUUGUAUGUAGUUUAAAAAAAACAACAAAGAACUUCAUUUAAAAAUGGAAAUUGUUUGCCAGUCUUCCUGGUAAAUCACUGUUUCAACUGUGAAUGAGAUAAUGAUGUACAUAUUUGUAAAUUUAUAAAUACCACGUAAAUAAAUAUAUAUCCUUUAUUGAAAAGGUACAUUUGUAUAGUCUAAAAUGUUUACUUGUUUAAUGGAUGAGAUGGUUCUUUUUAUGGAAAGUAAAGUAAAAGCAUUAUGGUAAAAACUGUUUAUUUGUUUUUUCACAUUAUGUCUACUGCAUGAGCUGAUGAUUCCAGACCUUUUUGUAUGGACUUUUGCUUUUCUUGGUGAGGAGGGGCUAUUAGUUUUGUGGCAUUUGUACUCAUCACUC